AUGAAAUGCUUAUUGCCUGCAGCAGUUGCCCUACAAUGGGUUGUCUGCGCUCAGGCUAAGGCUGCCUUCGCUCAUUUCAUGGUGACGAACUCCCAAAACUAUACGGCGGCGGACUGGAGUGGUGAUAUCUCGUUGGCCCAAGCGGCACACAUCGAUGCUUUUGCUCUCAACAUGGCCUAUGAUGAUCCAGUUAACAGUGCUGGCGUGGCCGCGGCCUUUGUAGCCGCCGAUAGUGCAGGGUUCAACCUCUUUUUCUCAUUUGACUACGCCGGCAACGGUACCUGGCCUAUGGAUCAGGUGAUUUCUUACAUCUCAACCUACAGCUCCCAUGGGGCUUAUUUCAGGCAUAAUGGCUUGCCCUUUGUUUCGACCUUCGAGGGCCCAGGCAAUGCAGAAGACUGGGUUGAAAUCAAACAACAGACGAAUUCUGGGAUGCUUGGCCUUGGGGGAAACGAUAUAAUGACGUAUGGCGAUGCUUCUUAUGAUCAAUAUCUCGGCGGCAAACCGUAUAUGAUGCCGGUCUCACCGUGGUUCUAUACUAAUCUCCCUGGCUAUAACAAAAAUUGGCUUUGGCGUGGAGAUCAUAUUUGGCCCGAUCGCUGGAUCCAAGCAAUGUGGUGGCAGCCUGAAUUUGUUGAGAUCAUCUCAUGGAAUGACUACGGCGAGUCACACCACAUAGGACCUUUGCGCGACAAUGCCAUGGCAGCUUUCGAUAUCGGCGAAGCGCCUUUCAACUAUGCGCUUCAACAUGAUGGCUGGCGUGAUAUUCUGCCCUUUGCGAUCGAUAUGUACAAGAAUAACGUCUCAACUAUUACCAAAGAAGGUGUUGUCGUUUGGCAUAGACUGUCCCCAGCAGCUGUUUGCUCCCCGGACAAUACCACAGUCAACACGGCUUCGCAGCUGCAGAUAGAGUUUUUGCCGGAAAUGAUGCUCCAAGAUGCUGUCUUCUUCACCGCUCUUCUUGCCGAAGGCAAUAAUGAGUUCAAUUUCAAGAUCGGCAGUAUGACCAGCGGAAUUAUCCUUUAUCACGAGCCCGAAGGCGGUGCCGGGUUAUACAUGGGGUAUGCCAACUUUAAUGGUCUCAGCGGCAUAGUAGAUCUUCAAAUUAGCCGUGGCGGCCAGACAGUGGUAAUCUUUUCUGGCUCGAGAGAAAUUGCAACAAUCUGUGCCAAUGGGUACAAUAAUUUUAAUGCAUUUGUUGAGAGUGCAUGGUCCGAAAAUUCCGUUUCCGUCCAAGUUCCCUCGUUGAGUGACACUGUCUGUGUCAAUGGAACUGGAUAUGGUGAAUUUGAGAUGCUGUGUGACUAUACUUGCGCACAUGGCUAUUGUCCACGAGGAGCAUGUGUUUGUUCGGCCUUUGGAGAACAACCAACGCUCCCAGAAUGGACUGGGGUUGUAGGAUACCCAGUCGGAGAUGAUUCCUUUGGGGGACUUUGCGGCUUUGCGUGCGGUCUCGGCUAUUGUCCCACAGAGCAUUGCUCAACUGUCAAGGUUGCUAUCACUCCGUCUGCCGUGUCACCAUUUACGCCGAGUGCCUGUACUGGAGGAUCGGGAAUCGGGGACUGGAAUGAGAUCUGCACCUUUACGUGCGCCCACGGUUUCUGUCCUAUCGCGUUGUGUGUAUGUGAAGAGAAUGGAAUCCUGGAUCUUUUUCAACCAAAUGAAACUGCCAAUGCCAUCUCGAUAGAUGGAGACGAUUUUGGCCUGUGUGGCUUUGCGUGUGACCGUGGCCAAUGUCCCAUCGAAGUUUGUCUUGAUGCCGACAAUGAGGAUCAAUAUGGCUGGGGGCCUGACUAUAAUGCCACUGACGAUACUUACUAUGACGUAUCUGACCCGCUAAAUAUUAUAUACUGCGAUGCUAGUUCUAAGCCUACCACGCUUGAUGAUCUACUCUCAGCUACAGCUUCACAGUCAAUCCCAUCUCAGUGCUGGAGCCGAUGGACGUUAAGCAUCCUACUUGAGACACUUGGCAAUCUACAGUACGAGUAUAACACAUCUGUCAAAGGCUUUGACGAUAAGUUUGGCUACUACGUCCAGUGGGUCAAGGACAGCGUUGGUCCUGCCCUCAGUGACUUUAUGGAUGUUGGAUUUGGUAAUGGAAACGCCUUCUUUGACCGCAGAUGGAUUGCAGGCGGCACGGGGUCUGCCACAGUUCCAUGCUCUCAGAUCAGAUCACAAAACGGUGCCUCACAAACGGUCGCAAGCCAGCUAGGCAUUGAAAAAGAUUGGAUUGCAUUUGGGGAUUGGGAAGGGCCGACAGAUUGCGUUAUCGUGCAAGGGCCAUUGCAAAUCAUUCCACAGGCAAUUGGCCCUGGAGGAAACAGUGGAGGCAGCUCCUGCGUCAAAGUAACGCAUCGGAAGACCAACGUUCCGAUUGCGGCGUCUAACAUUGUCGUUACAAACCCUAAGACAGUUAUAGAGGCAGCUAUGCCCAAUAUUACCGCUUUGACAACUGUAGCUAUGGCACUUUAUUUCGAGCUUACGCUCGGUGUCAGCGAGGCAAAUGAUUCCGAUAUCAUUACAGCACUUAGUACACCAGUCUUCAUGCUCCAAAAUGCCGUCGACUCGAUGAACAACAUUAAAGAAAUUGGUGCCGAAGUAGAAGAGGAGGACAAGAAGAAUUUGAUCCUCGAGAUUUUGGGUAUAGUCCUCAUGGUAGUACCCAUUAUUGGCGAAGGUAGAGGGGCGCUGUUUGAUGGGAUUGCCAAUGUUGCUAGAAUUGCCACUUUGAUUGGAGAUAUCGGAAAUGUGGCUCUCACUGCGUACGAUAUUGUGGAGGACCCUUCAUCUGCUCCUUUCGCAAUCAUGGGUCUUCUUCUCGGGGGUGUAAGAAAAUCAUACAAAAGUGAUGAAGAGGUUUUAGGUGAAGCAGCCGCUGCACGAAGAGGUUUAUCAGAUGAUGAUUUGGCUCAAUUUGGGGGCGCUUUUGUAAAGAGCGAUUCUGAUGUUCAAGGCAUCCUUAAAGCUUGUAUCGGCGGAGAGUAG